AUUGUGAGUAUAUAUCUCCGAUAAAAAGUGUACAAAGAAAUAUCAUGAACAAUCAAUCGAGUACCAGUGAUCGCGAUUUUGUUAUAGAAGAUAAUAUACUUAUAGGUAAAAAUGUACCUUUUUCUACGAAAUACACGAAUAUUGGAAAAUUACUUUUAGAUAAAAUGAAAGCUAAACCCGACUUUGUUGGCCAGAUAAACGUGAUCACCGAAGAAGCGUACACUUUUUCUAAAAUGUAUGAUUAUACUGUAAAAUGUGCUCUUUGGUUGCGUCAACAAGGCAUCAAAAGAAAUGACUUCGUUGCUUUAUGCACUCCCAUUACUAUGGAUAGUUUUGCACCAUUCUUUGCUACUUUUUGCGUAGGUGCAAUAUUUACACCUUGGAAUCCAGCAAUGGAUAUACGAGAGACACGUUACUACAUGAAAUUGUCCGGUGCAAAAAUAGUUUUUGCUGACGAAAAAUCGGUGGAUACUAUAUUGGAAGCUGCUAAACUAGAAAGUCACGAUAUUAAAAUCGUCGUGUUUGGUGAAUCUUCGAAUGCUUUGUCCUAUUCGAAAAUUCUCGAUAGUUAUAGCAAGUUAGAUGUGAAUAAUUUCGAAUGUACACCAAUAGAUGACGUACACGAUUCAGCUGCACUUCUUUAUUCGUCUGGCACAACUGGGCCCCCUAAAGCAGUUCUAAUCUCGCAUUUUGCAUUUUUGUACAAUGUCAUUUUGCCGAAUGGUUUUAACGUCGAAGGAAUUCCACUCUGGUUUUCACAAUACUUUUGGAUAACUGGUGUUUUAUUAACAUUGAGUGGUAUUUCGAAAUAUUGCGUAAAAUUACUUUAUCCUAAAUUCGAAGAGGAGGCGGCGUGUAAAAUUAUCGAAAAGUAUAAGGUUACAUGGGUUUUUAUGUCGCCUAGCAUGGUAAAUAGAAUAUUAAAGUCAGGAUAUUGUCAAAAGUAUGACAUGUCCAGUCUUACAAAAGCAGUGAUUGGUGGAACACCAUUAAGCUUUAAAAGUGAAACUAGGCUUAAAGAAUGCUUGCCAAAUGCCAAUAUUAUACAACACUAUGGGCUAACCGAAAUUAGCAUUUUGGUAACGACUACAAAACCAAAUCACAAAGCAGGUAGUGUUGGAACUAUAAUGAAAAAUAUUCAAAUUAAGAUCAUCGAUUUAGAAACGGGAAAAUCAUUGGGUCCAAAUAAGACUGGUGAAAUUUUGGUUAAAUCGAUAACAAUUAUGAAUGGUUAUUACAAUAAUCCUCAAGCAAACAAGGAUGCGAUAGAUGCUGAUGGAUGGUUUCAUACUGGGGAUCUUGCUUAUUAUGACGAAGAUGGGGAAAUUUUUAUUAUCGAUAGAUUAAAGGAGACUAUAAAGUAUCAAGGUAUUCAAAUUUCUCCAUGGGAAAUCGAAAGUUUUUUGUUAACACAUGCCGAUGUUGUCGAUGUUGCGGUUGUGGGUGUACCCCAUCUCGAGGAUGAUGAACACCCCAUUGCAUUUGUUACCAAGGUUCCUAAUUCGAAGGUAACCGAACGAGAACUCCAGGAAUUCGUUGCAAGAAAUAUGACGGAUAAAUUUCAUCUACGAGCUGGUGUGAAAUUUUUAGAAAAAAUGCCUUACACGGUUUCCGGAAAAAUAGCAAAGAAAGAUCUUAAAUUAAACGCAAAAACGCAGUGUAAUAUAAUUGUGAGUGCAUAUCCGAUUCAAAGUCUACAACCGGCAGCAAGCAUGGUUAAUAUAUCGAAUACCAGUGAUCGCGAUUUUGUUAUAAAAGAUAAUAUACUUAUAGGCAAAAAUGUACCUUUUUCUACGGAAUACACGAAUAUUGGACAAUUACUUUUAGAUAAAAUGAAAGCUAGACCCGACUUUGUUGGUCAGAUAAAUGUGAUCACCGAAGAAGCGUAUACUUUUUCUAAAAUGUAUAAUUAUACUGUAAAAUGUGCUCUUUGGUUGCGUCAACAAGGCAUCAAAAGAAAUGACGUCGUUGCUUUAUGCACUCCCAUUACUAUGGAUAGUUUUGCACCAUUCUUUGCUACUUUUUGCGUAGGUGCAAUAUUUACACCUUGGAAUCCAACAAUGGAUAUACGAGAGACACGUUACUACAUGAAAUUAUCCGGUGCAAAAAUAGUUUUUGCUGACGAAAAAUCGGUGGAUACUAUAUUGGAAGCUGCUAAACUAGAAAAUCACGAUAUUAAAAUCGUCGUAUUUGGUGAAUCUUCGAAUGCUUUGUCCUAUUCGAAAAUUCUCGAUAGUUAUAGCAAGUUAGAUGUGAAUAAUUUCGAAUGUACACCAAUAGAUGACGUACACGAUUCAGCUGCACUUCUUUAUUCGUCUGGCACAACUGGGCCCCCUAAAGCAGUUCUAAUCUCGCAUUUUGCAUUUUUGUACAAUGUCAUUUUGCCCUAUGGUUUGAACGCCGAAGGAAUUCCACUCUGGUUUUCACAAUACUUUUGGAUAACUGGUGUUUUAUUAACAUUGAGUGGUAUUUCGAAAUAUUGCGUAAAAUUACUUUAUCCUAAAUUCGAAGAGGAGGCGGCGUGUAAAAUUAUCGAAAAGUAUAAGGUUAUAUGGGUUUUUAUGUCGCCUAGCAUGGUGAAUAGAAUAUUAAAGUCAGGAUAUUUUAAAAAAUACGACGUAUCUAGUAUUAAAAAACUUAAUAUUAGUGGAAAUAUAUUUACUAAGCAAAGUGAAUAUGAAGUUAAAGAAUGCAUACCAAAUGCCGAUAUCAUACAAAUGUUUGGAAUGACCGAACUUGGUACCAUCGUAUCGGCUACAAAACCAAAUCACAAAGCAGGUAGCAUUGGAACAGUAUUGGAAAAUUCUCAAAUUAAAAUCAUCGAUUUAGAAACUGGAAAAUUAUUGGGUCCAAAUAAAAAAGGUGAAAUGUUGGCUAAAUCGAUAACAAUUAUGAAUGGUUAUUACAAUAAUCCUCAAGCAAACAAGGAUGCAAUAGAUGCCGAUGGAUGGCUGCAUACAGGUGAUCUUGCUUAUUACAACGAAAAUGGUGAAAUUUUUAUUAUGGGCAGAUUGAAGGAGACUAUGAAGUACCAAGGUAAUCAAAUUUCACCAAAUGAAAUAGAAAAUUUGUUGUUUACACAUCCCGAUGUUGUCGAUGUUGCUGUUGUGGGUGUACCCCAUCGCGAGGAUGAUGAACACCCCAUUGCAUUUGUUACCAAGGUUCCUAAUUCGAAGGUAACCGAACGAGAACUUCAGGAAUUCGUUGCAAGAAAUAUGACGGAUAAAUUUCAUCUACGAGCUGGUGUAAAAUUUUUAGAAAACAUGCCUUAUACGGCUUCAGGAAAAAUAGCCAGGAAUAAUCUCAAAGCGUUAGCUAAAAAUUUUCAAACGAAUUGAUCAUAGAUUCUUCGACCUCAUGUUUUCCUGAUGAAAAAGAAAAUUUUCCUCGCAGUUGGAAACGAUCUUUGAAUGAGUGUUCCUUUUCGAUCAUAUGUCUAAAACAUUGUCCGGGAAGAUAAAUUUUGUUCCGUUCUCGGCUAGUAACCGUUUUUGUAAUGCAGUGUUUUUUUAGGAAAAGAAAAAAAAAGAGAAAUCGUGUCCUCGAAAGCAUCUGGCAAGAAAAUUUUGUUCCCGAAUAAAAGAGAUUUUCUAAAACCUAAAA